AUGUUAAGAGCCCUUCAAGGAGGACCUUGGUUCGUUAAUGGCUCCUACCUAUCUUUACAGAGAUGGUCCCCAAACUUUGUUGCCACUGAAGCCAGAUCUCACAUCACAGCAGUCUGGGUUCGUCUACCUAAUCUACCCACGGAGUUCUAUGAUGGGUUUAUCCUUCAGAAGAUUGGUAACAAAAUUGGAAAACUAGUGAAGAUCGAUGCCUGUACAUCUGCAACUAUCAAAGGCAGAUAUGCUAGAUGCCUAGAAAUUUUGAUGGACUCCCCAGUUAGAUCCUACAUCUACAUUGGUAAGCAUAUGCAAUUAAUUCAAUAUGAAUGGAAACACUUUCUAUGUAAAAACUGCUGCAGACUUGGUCACACUAAAUCCAGUUGUCCAUAUGCAAAAAUCGAUUCCAAAAUUCCGAUAUCAAUGGAGCAAUCCACCAUGCAAGCAGACCUACCUCCACCUAUGCCAAACGAGAUCAAAGAAGAAUGGCGCACAAUCUCUUUCUCUAGAAGGAAGCCNGAUACUA